CUUACUACCUACCUACCUGGGUAUCAAGAGUCAGUUCUCAACAAGCAGUUGCUCAUGUAUUAGUACCUUGUCACUAGUCAAUCACUGGGAAGUUCCUGCUCUUAUUCAAUUCUUAUCCCAACUGCUCCUGCCACAGUUCCUCGUCAUGGCUGUGACAAUCUUAGGCAAGCGUCAACGAGGCACCAUUGAAACAGAAACAUCUUUACCACUGCGUAGUGGGAGCAAGCGUCGUAUCCAUGCACCUCGCAUCCAUCGAGAAGAGAAGCCGUCUUCACCACCCUUGACACGCCAGCUUCGCUCCAAAGGAAAAACAAGCAGCAAUUUCCAGCAGGAGAAUGACACCCAAAUCAAAGACCCUUUGGUUGAGAAUGAGCGACCAAAGGAAACCACUUUACGAGAUACUCAAGCGCCGUCCCCGUCGAUACGAAAUUCUCUCCCACCCACCUCACAGCCCACCAACGAUGAAAAUACAAAACGGGUAGAAGUCAAAACUCCCUCGAAGGCAAGGUAUAGAAAUGCGCUAGAAUCCCCACCGGUCACCCCCAAGCAUCGAGUUCAAGUCGGAGGGAAAGCGUUGACACCACGCACCCCACGACAGAUAGGCACCCCAACCACUGUUCAAACCAUCUACACGCAUGCACGACAGUUGUUUGCUCGAGGCGCGAGCUCAGCCCGGAUAGUCGGUCGGGAUGCGGAGCGAGAAAAACUAUCUACAUUCAUCAGAGACGGCGUACAGUCGGGCAAAGGUGGUUGUAUGUACGUCAGCGGUCCUCCAGGCACCGGAAAGAGCGCCCUUGUUAGAGAGGUCUUUGGUGAACUUGACCUCGGCUCAAUCAAGGUGACACAACUCAAUUGCGCAAGUAUGAGGAGUGCACGGGACGUUUACAGCAAGCUCAUCGAGGAUCUGUGCGAUGAUAGCGAAGUUUUUAAGAAGAGCGAGGCCGAUAGACUGAGGAGCAUGUUUGUCCCCGAGAAGCAAAAGAAGCAGCAUGCGAGCAGGGACGACGAUAUGUUCCUGGUUAUGCUGGAUGAAAUUGACCACCUCCUUACCUCGGACGCUGGUAUUCUUCAGUCCUUGUUUGAAUGGUCUCUACAAAAAGAAUCAAAGCUAAUGCUCAUUGGAAUUGCCAAUGCACUUGAUUUGACUGACCGAUCUUUGCCUCAGCUGAAGGCAAAGAACUUGAAACCUGCUCUACUUCCUUUCCUGCCUUACAAUGCUGGCCAGAUUGCGAACGUUAUAAUCAAUCGUCUUCGAUCUCUCCUUCCUGAAAAUCAAUCAGAGGAUCCGAAAUUCAUUCCCUUUGUUCAACCCGCAGCUAUUCAGUUAUGUGCGAAGAAAGUCGCUUCGCAAACUGGAGACCUACGCAAAGCAUUUGAACUCGUCAAAAGUGCGAUUGACCUGAUUGAGCAUGAGACAUUGCAGAAGCUUGACAAGCAAACACCCAAACAAACCGUAUUCCCUUAUACGGCCCUUACGGCUCCUCGAGCCAGCAUUGCCCAUGUGGCACGGAUUACUUCUUCCGCUUUUGGACAGGGAACAGUUCAAAGGCUGCAGUGCCUGAAUCUUCAACAAAAGGCAGCAAUUUGCGCCUUAGUUGCACUUGAUCGAAAACGCCGUGAAGGCGAAGUUCAGGGAACACCGUCAAAGUCGAAGAGCAUGGUGCCAACCGUGAAACAGAUCUUCGACGCAUAUUGUACUCUUUGCCGAACAGAUAAUAUCUUACAUCCAUUAACAUCAACCGAAUUCAAGGACGUCCUUGGCAGCCUAGAGACGUUGGGACUGGUUGGCGAGUACCAGAGCCGUGGUCGCGGUGGAACAGUCGCUGGUGGCUCGGAUAUACGACGAACUCCUUCAAAGUCUAGCAGUAUAUUCCUCAACAAGGCAUUAGACGAGCAGAGCCUGGUUUGCUUUGUCUCACAAAAGGAAAUUGAGAGUCAGAUUACAGGUCCUGGGGAGGGUAUUCUCCGGCGAUUUUUCAUGGGCCAAGGAUUAUAA